AUGCAUGCAGCAUCCCAGGCCUGCUCUGAGGAGCCGUGCACGGUGUCCUGGCUGGGGGCCGGCACACACAGACGCUUUGUGGCCCGUCCCUCUGAGCCCCUCCCGCCCGUUCUCCCUGUCUCCCAGGCCUUCCUGAUGACUUCUGCGAUCGCAGCCUGUGACUGCCACGUCCUGGGCAGCGUGAGCGGAGAUGGGCUCAAGUGGGCGCCCCGCGACCUGCAGAGGCCAAGGGGGCUGCUGGGGGCUGAACGGCAGCGACUGUCUCUCAGCCGGCAGAAGAGGAGCAAAGACAACACUUCGUGCUCGCAAGGAUUUGAGAGGAAGUCCCAAGAUCGCCAGUACUGUAUCCCUUGCCAAGAGGGUUAUUACCAGCCUUAUGUCGACGUCGACCAACGGUGCCGGCCAUGCACGCUGUGUGUCGGUUAUCAGGUGGUGAAGGAAAAGUGUACGAAAGAGCGCGAUGCCGUGUGUGGCUGCAAGACGGACCACUUCAAGGAGAAGAAUUUUUAUGACUCGGAUUUUGACUGCCGGCCGUGCAGAAACUGUUCUGCUCAGCACAAGAGAACCGAGAAGAACUGCUCGGAAGAAGAAGACGCCAGAUGCGGGGCCUGCCUGCCUGGCUACGUCGAUGAGGGAGGCACAUGCAAACCGAAACCAGAACCAACAACAACAACGAAACCAACAACCGGGAAUCCUGACAUCCAAGCCUGUGGGGCGGAAUCCUGCAAACCAGAGGACCCCCCGAACAAGGACUCCCUCUUCCUGGUCCUGCUGGGCCCCCUGCUGGUGGGGCUUCUCCUGCUGUCCUGCAAGUGGAGGAGGAUCCGCUGGCCGUCCGCCGCAGCUGGUAAACCCCCCCAUGCCUGCCCCCCUCCGCCCCUCCCUCGGGCCAUCUUGCCGCUGGACCCUCUCCGCCACAGUUCGGCCCCGCAGGGCAGGCAGCUGUACGCCAUCAUCGACGUGGUGCCCGUCCGCCGCUGGAAGGAGUUUGUGCGCGGCCUGGGCCUGCGCGACGGGGAGAUCGAGGCGGUGGAGGUGGAGCACGGCCAGCUCCGCGAGCAGCAGUACGAGAUGCUGAAGCGCUGGCGGCAGCGCCCGGGGGCCACGAUGGACGCCGUCUUCGCCGUGCUGGAGGAGAUGCAGCUGGGAGGCUGCGCCCAGGAGCUCCGGGAAUCGGUGCCGCCCAACCCCUGAGGCGGGGGGCAAGGAGGGCCCUUCCCUUCCCGGCGACACCCUCGGGCCGGGCCAGCCUUUGUGGGAGCAGCCAGGAAUCCGAGCAGCUGUGCCCGCAGGAGGACCCCCAGAACCCGGGGGGGGGGGUCUGCUGCUGUUGCACACCUCUGCUCUGGAGGGAGCUGCAGCCAGUCUGGGAGACUGGAGACCUGGCCCCACCGGGAGGCUAGGCAGGGGCCAUUUUUGCACGUGAUCGGAAAAAGGUGUAAACGGUGCUCCCAGGGAAGAUGGGCCUCAACGUCGGAUCUUUUAAUGCACCUGUUUUAACGCGAGCACACGUGCCUGAGGCUCAG